UUUUAUAACUAGAAAGUAUCAAAAAAAACAUUUGCUCAUUUCAAACAUAGAAUAAACUGUCAAAUGGAUCUCAUGAAUACCCCAACGAUUUAGUGAACCAAGUUUAUUUGAAGUAUUGUUUUUUUAAUCUUGCAAAUCAUUCUUGGUGAAGUUUCAUUUUCGACAAAUUAAUAAUGGCUACUACAGCAACGAUUGAGGUGGACACAAAAUCUAAAGAAAUGUCGGAAGAAGAUCGGGAAUUACAAGAUGAAUUGAAAUUACUUGUGGAUCGGAUUUUGGGUUCCGAUCUAAAAUUGAUUCCACCUUCUCUGGAAAUGUUAAAAUUUAUGAUAAGAACUUCAACUACGAGUAUGACGUCCGUUCCAAAACCUUUAAAAUAUUUAGCUUCAUAUUACCACCAAUUAAUAGCUGGUUUUGAAAGAAUGAAAGAAGGUCCAGUUAAGAAACAAUUAGCUGAUAUUAUUUCCGUUUUAUCAAUGGGGCCAGUUUAUCCUGAAAAUCGUUUAAAUAAACCCAACGAUUGCUUAAAAUAUUGUUUAUUGGGUACGAUGAGUAACAUUGGCGAUUGGGGUCACGAGUAUAUAAGACAAUUAGAAAUUGAAAUUGUCCCGGAGACAUAUUCAUCACGAAUGUUAGAUGAAACAAUCGAAAAUUUAGUAAAGGACAUCAUUAAAUUUAAUUGUGAGCAUCACGCGGAAAUUCAAGCUUGCGAUUUGUUAAUGGAAAUCGAUAAAUUAGAAUAUUUACCGCCGUUUAUCGAUAAAAGUAUCUAUGCGAGAGUUUGCCUUUAUUUGAAAUCUUGUGCGAAAUAUGUUGAUGAUAUUGAAUCGGAGAAAAUAUUGAGUUUGGUGGCCGAUCAAUAUGUUCGAUUCGAAGAAUAUACGAAGGCUUUAAUUGUUGCUAUUAAUCUGAACGAAAAAACUUUGGCGAAUGAGAUUUUCCAAAAAUGCAAAGAUCCUGUCGUAUUAAAGCAACUAGCAUUUAUAGCUGCCCGCCAAUUAUUUUCAGUCGAUCUAUCAGAUUUAUCAAGUCCUGAUAAAGACGACUUAACAAACAUUUUAAAUAACACCCAUUUGAGCGCUCAAUUCCAAAAUUUAACGCGUGAAUUGGACGUAAUGGAACCAAAAUCGCCGGAAGACGUUUACAAAACGUGGUUGGAACCGUCACCGUCCCCAUUGCGCCCGUCCAUUUUAACCGCAUCGGCGGCGGCUGAAAAUAUUGAUAGCGCGCGGCAAAAUUUGGCUGCUUCCUUCGUUAACGGUUUCGUAAACGCCGGUUUUGGUGUUGACAAACUAUUAACAACGGAUGAUGGUAAUCGAUGGAUUUACCGCAACAAAGAUCAUGGUAUGAUGAGCGCCACCGCAGCUUUAGGUAUGUUGUAUCUUUGGGAUGUUGACGGAGGAUUAACACCGAUCGACAAAUAUUUAUACUCCAAAGAUGAUCAGAUUAAAGCCGGGGCUUUGUUAGCUUUAGGUAUCGUAAACUGUCGCGUGCACAACGAUUGCGACCCAGCCUUAGCGUUAUUAGCCGAUUUUGCAAACGACACUAAUCUCACUUUGCGAAGCGCCUCAAUUUUCGGUUUAGGUCUCGCUUACACUUCCACGAAUCGCGCUGAUGUUCUUGCUUUACUCGUGCCUGCAAUCGAAACUGCAAAAACCGCGGAGUCAUUUGCCAUCGCCUCACUUGCUUGCGGCUUAAUCGCGAUUGGUACUUGUAAUCCGGAAAUUGUUCAAUCAAUUUUAACAAAACUUGUUGAUUGGCGCGAUACUGAUCAAUUAAAAACCCCGCAUAGUUUACUAGGGGUUUUAGGACUAGGAAUGUGUUUUAUGGGACGAAAAGAUUGUAUUGAAACGUCCGUUGAAGCUUUACAAGUAUUCCCGGAACCGUUUUGUUCGGCCUCUAAAACAAUUUUACAUAUGUGUUCUUACGCGGGAAGCGGAGACGUUUGUGUUAUACAAGAAUUUUUAAACAAUUGCGGUGAAAAAAUAUGUAACAACGAUCAAUAUUCGUCUAAUGAUAGCAAUAAAGAAACAAAAGGGAAAGAGAAAAAGAAAUCAAAACUCGAAUUUGAUCCUAGUAUCGCCCAAGCAAUUACGGUUUUAGGUAUAGGAGCGGUCGCAAUCGGAGAUGAUGUCGGUUCGGAAAUGUGUCAUCGCGUUCUUGGUAGUGUGGGUCGAUAUGGCGACCCUUCGGUGAGAAGAGUUGUGCCACUUUCGGUUGCUUUAAAUUCAAUUUCAAAACCGGAUUUAAACGUAAUCGAUCUAUUAACUAAAUAUUCACAUGAUUCCGAUGAUAAAAUGGCUUGUAAUGCUAUAUUCGCACUGGGAAUUGUAGGCGCUGGAACUAAUAACGCACGAUUAGCUUCGAAUUUGCGUCAAUUAGCGGUUUAUCAUGCGAAAAAUCCCUCGGAAUUAUUUAUGGUGCGUAUAGCCCAAGGCUUAACACAUAUGGGAAAGGGAACGAUGACUUUAAGCCCGUGGCAUACCGACCGUCAAUUAGUUGAUUUAGCUUCUUUGGCGGGUAUUUUGAUUCCGUUGGUCGCUCUAAUCGAUCCGCACGCGUUGAUUUUGGGGCGAAAUCAUUUUUUGUUAUAUGCUUUGGCCAUAGCUAUUCAACCUAGGUGGUUAUUGACGCUAGAUGAGAAUUUACAUGCGGUUUCCGUUCCGGUUCGAGUCGGCCAGGCCGUUGACGUUGUGGGAAAAGCAGGAAAUCCCAAGACGAUAGCUGGGAUUCACACGCAUUCAACCCCGGUUUUAUUAGCAAGCGGUGAAAGAGCCGAAUUGGCGACUUGCCAAUUUGAACAGUUGUCACCGGUAUUGGAUGGGAUUUGUAUUUUGAAACGUAAAAGUGACGAUGCUGAUUCUAUAGUUACUUGUUAAAAAAUGUAUGGUAACCUAAAGUAUUUUCUCUUUUUAGUAGAAUGGUGGCACAAGUUGUAUGAUAUGUAAUUUUUUACGUAUAAAGUUACUUUUUUAUAGCACACUACACAUUGUCGUUGGUUCUCAUAACCUGUUGUAACUAAAGCACACUCCUAACAAGUUUUUUUUGUUAUUUAACUGCACUCGACAUGGAAAAUUAAUAAGUUCUGUUAUUCUGCUCUGAACAUUUAUUUUUUUACAUGUUAAUUCUUUGAAGGGGAGAGCAGUUGUUAAA